GUCCUCCACAGCUGCAGAAGGCUGGGGUGGGGUGGGGGUGGGUAAUGAGCCUACCCAGACCGGUUAAUGUAUAACCCAGCCCCAGCUCUUGUCCAGGAGAGAAGUACAGAGCAGGCCAGGACUCCUAGGACUGUGCAGCCCAGCCAAGCUCAGGGCCUCCACCAUGGGACAGACAGGUAACAGCCGGAGCCCCUCCUAAAGUGGAGAAAGGGGCAGGAGCCUAUGCUGGCGGGACUGCCUGCCUGCCUUGCACUCUAGGGACUGGAGGAGGAGCAGAGCCCCCAGGGCUCCCCUAAGGCCUUCAGCUGUCCAAGACCCAGGCUAGGGAGUUCCUUCCUCCUGGCACUAGGCUGGGGGUGGGGAGGAGGAGGAGGAAGGGGAGGGAGUAAAAGGAGGGGGGAAGGAAGCCGCUAGGCAGGGGGUGCCUCCAGGACCGAGCCUCGGCAGGGGCUGCUUGCAAGCAGCCAUCAGGAGGAAGCCCUGGAGCAGGCGGACUCUUGGACUUCCUGCCUAGGCCCUGCAGGCCCAGUGGAAGGAGGGCAGUCUGUGCUGGGGGGAGGGGGCAUGGGUAAUGACUGCUCUUCCUCCCCCCAAAUCCCUACCUGUUCUGUAGAGGCUCCCUGGCACUAGAGGGGGUUUCUCUUCUGUGCGAACAGGGGGUUGUUUCAGUUAACCGGAAAGGCCCCAGCUCAGGGUCCAGAGAGCCUCUGAUUCCUAGCUAGCAGUGGGUUAUGAAAACGAGAGUCAGAUAUGCAAAUAUACACAAAGCUGCUGCCAGGCCUCCUGAGCCACGGAUUCAGCAAUGCUGGGAGGGGCAGAGCCACCCACGUGGUGUCUGCUCCCGUCCCCAUCGGUCUGUGUCCCAGGUUGCAGGUCCAGCCUACCAUGGCCUAGCUCCACUGAGGGAUGAAGGCAAGCCCCCAGGGGCCAGGAGGGGUGUCCCCAGAGUCAAAUACUCUAUGGCAGAGACGUUGAGGGGACCCCCACCUGCCCAAUCAAGCAAAGGCAUCCAGAACUCAGGUCAAGGACCACGAGGACUGGGCUACUCACCCAGAGUCCCCAGUAGUCUCCAAAGGCCAAUCCAGACCAUCACUCCUGGCCACCACUUUAUCCCACAUGCUGGGAAGAAGUUUCUCCAGCAAAGCAAGAAAGGGGUCCCAAAAGGCUCCAGCUGCCCACCCGUCACUUACUGCUUGCCUGCCAGGCCCAAGAACCCUGGGGCUUGGGGUCAGCACCAGCAGAGGCCCAGGAAGAUUGUGUUUGAAGAUGAACUUCCUGUCAGGAGCCCUGAGGUGACCCCCAAGCUGAGGCCUCAGCCAGGCAAGGGCACCACAGGGUCUGCCCCAGCCCUUCACCCUGGGCACAGCCCUCAGCCUCAGCUGGUACCUGACUAUGUACUGAGAUACCCAGCGAUCUACAGUGAGGCUGAGAGGCGCCGCUACAAGGCCGUCUUUCAAGACCAGCAUGCCGAGUACCAGGAGCUCCACCAGAACGUGGCCACAGCCACGGCCAAAUUCCAGGAACUGGAGGCCAUGCUGGCUACGUUGCCCCAGCUGGGCCCCAGGGAAGAAGCCCGUUUACGGGUCCGGAGGGAAUUGGAGAGGAAGAAGAAGGACCCAGUUUUCCUGGAAAAGCAGGCCCGCUGUGACUACCUGAAGAGAAAAUUGAGGCACCUCAAAGCACAGAUCCAGAAAUAUGAUGAAAAGGAUUCUAAGGAUGGCUCCGUUUAUUUCUGAACCAGACAUUGCCCACACUCGGGCAGAGACAGCUCCCGUAGAUGGGACGGGAUGCUGCUUUGAGAUGCCAGGGACUCUCCACAAUCCCCUCCUCGCUGAUGAAGAAGGGGGCUGCCUUAGCUAGGUCUGGGAAUAGCUGCUGCCCCUGAGAUCCAGGCUGAUGUCAGCCCCCACUCCCAUCCCAGGGGGAUAUCAGUAUUUGAGGAAUGAAUGUCACUAAGUGGUCUGCCCAUGGUGGGGUGCACCUAUGGGCUGGGGGUGUGAGUACCUACAGAGAAGAAAACACUUCUGAGAAGAGGCAGCAAGCAGGGACCUCUGUACAAGGGCACAGCUGGGCUGAAAGUCAGAAGACCUGGCUUCAGGGCCCUGUGGGGCCAUUGACUUAGCCUAACCCUGGGCAAAUCUUUUCUCCUUCAUUUCUUCCUUCUCUCCUUCUGUUUCAUUCCUGAUCAAAACAGAGUAUGAGGAGAUAUGGGCUAUGGGGUCACUGAGGUCCCAGACCCAGCUCUGAGCUUCUUUAUUCUAAGGGCCCCCUCUCUAGUCUCCAAACUAUGGUCUGUGGUCCUCCUAUCUCUGAGAUUCAUUCUCUGUUCUAAGGUUUUCCUAGUUCUAAUAUUCCGUGUUCUAAUGUCUCUCCUAGCUUUGAAAUUCUGUGUUCUAAGGUUCCUCCCAGCUCUGACAUUCUGUGUUUUAAGGAUCCCUCCGUUCAGUUAUGACAUUCUGUGUUUCUAAAGGUCCUCCUAGCCCUGAUGUUUUCUGUUCAGAGGAUCUUCUUAGCUCUGACAUUCCAUGUUCUAAGGGCCCUCCCAGCUCCAACACUUUGAAUUCCGUAUUCCAAGGAAGGCACAAUUGAUAGAGUUCUGGACCAGAAAUCAGGACGACUUGGGUCCAAAUUGCUUCUCUGAUUCUUCCCAGUUGUUUGACUGAGGACAUGUUGAGGAGGUCAUAAGCCUCAGUUUCUUUAUCCAUAAAAUGGUGAUAAUCAUAAUAAUACGUGUAUUACCUACCUCACUGGGCUACUGUGAGGCUCAAAUGAGUUCAUGUCUGCAAAAUACUUUUCAAGUCUUAAAGCUCUUUAUAAAUAAAUGUCUAUUAUUAUUAUAA